CCUUAUUAAGUUAUUACCGCUUUUCUUUGAUCAGGCUGAUACGGGGUCCGACCUAGCUCGUCGAUUCGGCCCAAUGGCCCAUACCGUGAAUAGCUAACUGCAAUGGAUUGGGCCCAGUCGCGCUAGCCCACUUCCACCUUCGACUACUUUCUCCCUAGAAGACAGCUCUUGUUCUUCGAAGCUCUUGUUCUCCAGUCCAAAACCUUCGCCCAGUGCCCGCCAUCAUUAGCUUCAAGCUCGCCUGCCUUGGCUUCACUGUGCUCGAAGGUUUUCGCCGGCGGCAACGUCGGCAAUAGCCCCAUUGCCAGUUCUUAUCGUUGGAGGAGCUCGAUCGUUGAGCCCCAUUGUCAGUUACCGCCGCCCCUUGCGUCUCCGCCAUUGCUCGCCGCCGUCGUUUCAGGUCGCCGACCUUCGGCUUCUAGGUUGUCUCUCCUCUCCCUCUACUUCUUCUCUCAAUUGAAUACACCAUCUCUGCCGUCUCGCUCGACUUCGUCAACAACCCUCGCUAUCCAACUCGCCCUAGGGUUCGUAUCCGUUUUACUUGCUCUCCUGCUUAUUUGUUAGUCUCUGUGAAUUUUCUUCAGUUCGUCUGAGGCCUUUAGCCUGCCCUGAAUCCGCUGGCAGUUGCAUUGCAGUUUCACGAAAUAAGCAGAGGGGAAAAACAGAAUAGAAAAAGAUGUUCUUUCUGAGCCUGAUUGAGCACAAACUGCGGUUGCCGCCUGAGGAUCUAUCCCUUCCUCUCCACAAAGGCAUCAAGAAAGUGCUUGAUGGCAUCUUCUUAGACAAGGUUAUCUCGAACUUGGGACUCUGUGUCUCCAUCUAUGACAUUAGAAAUAUAUCUGGUGGCUUCAUUCAGGCCGGAGAGGGUGCUCCAACCUACACCGUAGAAUUUAGAAUGGUGGUGUUCCGGCCUUUUACAGGAGAGAUUAUUGUUGCCAAAAUUAUAGAAUCCGAUAACGAUGGUCUUCGCUUAUCACUUGGAUUCUUUGACGAUAUCUAUGUGCCAGCUCAUCAGCUUCCGCAACCAUGCCAUCAAAUUCCGGAUCCUGACCGCAGAUAUAAAGUCAGAUGGAUAUGGGAAUAUGACAUCGAAGAUACAGGAAACCCAGAACAGUAUAACAUCGACGGCUUGGAUGAGGUUAAACUUCAGGUCCUGAAUGUGAGCUUCCCACCACUUCCAAUUGAGCAGCAAGAGAAGCCUUUUGCUCCCAUGCUUGUUACUGGAUCAAUAUCUGAAUGUGGUUUGGGGCCAGUUUCAUGGUGGUGAUUAGAAGGGUUCAGAAGUUGAAGAAACAAAGGAUUGCUUGCUUUGAGGGAGGUCAACAGAAAGAGUUAGAGAGUAUCAUGUUCUUGGGACUUAUGAUCCAGGGUCGUUUCUGUCUAGGUUGCCCUUGCAGGAAGAUUGGAUGGCCUAGCCUAAUGUCAUCAGAAUGUGCUAAGUAGAAGCUGUGCAUAAAAACCGAGAGAAUGCUAGUGCUGGCCUGCUGGGCAGAGUUAGAUUAGGGUCUGAGCUGAACUUAAAUUUUGCAGGAAUCAUUUGUCUACCGCGAAAUGGGGCAAGUUUCCUACUAGGCUGCUGAGGUGGCAAAGUAAUUUUUAGGUGAAUGCAAUUUAGUAGCCAAAUAUUUCAUUUGCUAGUCGAACCUAUUGAAAUAACGAAUUAAUAGCAACACGAACAAGAGCUUGGUCUAAUAAUGGGAAUACCACUAACUUCAGCAGGUUCGAAUUUUUUAAGUGGUAUCUUAAUCACAAAAAAGUAAAUCUAUAUCACACAAUUUAAUAGUCACACAUUUUUCUACGUUACCAAAUUAUAGUUGCAAUCCAUCUAGCAUAUUUGAGACAAUAUAAUAUGAAAAUGAUGAUUAGGUUAAUUAUCAUGGAGACAAAUUGAAAUAACUAGAAAAUGAGUCAAUCGAAAUAAUUCAGCCCUUGAAUAUUCCCAAUGAUUCUGAUUAUCACAAAACUAUCCCCAAUUGCUUAUAUUUUUGCUCUUUUUUUCUUCUUUUUCUCUCCCACGUCUCAUAUUUCGCAUUGUACUUGCCGUCCGGUUGACCGGUGAAAGUGAGUUGCUAACGAACUCCACUCAUUAGUCUAACUUCAAAAUAUAAGCAUUAUUACUAGUAACAUCAUUUUAUAAGAAAAACUUUGAAUUGGUUGGUUCAAUUAGUUUUAAUUAACAUAAUAAUUUUAAAAUGAAAGCAUAUGAGCGGUGGGUGUGACCAAACUCUUCAUUACAAUGUGGGCCUCACGUUUACGUUGAAUCUUUAUAAUGAUGUGGUUCAACAACGUAAUUAAAACUUUGCCAUCUAUUCCUUUUAAUUGUAAGGGUUAGUUGCAUUUUUAGCCAAUUUAAUAUUUUGUUUUAGCGAGUGUUUAUAAGACUGCACCGUAUCAGUGGUUGGAUCGGAAAAAUCUAUUAUUAAAACUUAAUUCCAAAAGCGAUUUUUUUAACAUAUGAAAAUGCUCGAAAUAUCAUUUUCCAAUUAGAACAAUGCAAUUGUCAAGAUGAGUUCGUAUGUACUAGGCUCAAAAUACCAUUGAUCCUUUCUAGAGGUGGCAAUUUUCAAUCCAAUCCAUCAACCCAUUAAAAAUAUCCACUUAAUCCAAUCCAUUUGAUCCAAAUCCAAUCGGACUGGUGGAUUCAUGGAUUGAUCCAUGGAUCCAAUUGACAAAUUACGGUUUGAUACCCAUACUUUUAAUAUUUUACAUUUUGGUACCCAAAAUUUAAUUUUUUAUACGAAAAUAUCAUUGUAAAAUUACGUUUUGGUACCUAAAAUUUUUCAUUAUGGCAUUUUAGUACCUAAACUUUUCACAUUUACAUAUUGGUCCUUGGUUGAGGAUGUCAUUUGGAUUAAUGGAUAAUCCACCAAUCCACUUGAUCCAUUCCAUGAAUCCACCAAUCCAUUUGAUCCAAUCCAUUUGAUCUAUGAAUCCACGAAUCCAAUCCACCUAUCCAUGGAUCAAUCCAUUUACCACCUCUAAUCCUUUCCAAUACAUUUUCCUUUUUCUUAAUACAUCGUUUACAAUCGU